CAGUCUGAAACAGAUGAACUAGUGGAGGAUAAGGCCAAGGAUUUGCCUUCAAGUGGGGAUUCUAUACGCCGUCGAUUUCUUGAUUUUUAUGCUAAACGUGGUCAUAAGGUUCUUCCAAGUGCCUCUCUUGUGCCAGAUGACCCCACUGUUCUACUCACGAUUGCAGGAAUGCUUCAAUUUAAGCCUAUAUUUCUUGGUCAGGUUCCAAAACAAGUACCUUGUGCUACAACUGCUCAAAGGUGCAUACGUACAAAUGAUGUGGAGAAUGUAGGUCGAACAUCCCGACACCACACAUUUUUUGAGAUGCUUGGAAACUUCAGUUUUGGAGAUUACUUCAAGAAGGAAGCAAUCCAGUGGGCAUGGGAGCUUUCAACUGUAGAGUUUGGAUUAGCAGCUGACAAAUUAUGGAUUAGUGUGUUUGAAGACGACAAUGAAGCUUUUGAACUUUGGCAUGAUGAGGUGGGUGUUCCUGUUGAGCGAAUAAAGAGAAUGGGUGCUGAUGACAACUUUUGGACCAGCGGAGCUACUGGUCCAUGUGGUCCAUGCUCAGAGAUUUAUUACGAUUUCCAUCCUGAGAGGGGAUAUUCAGACAUUGAUCUCAAUGAUGAUACCAGAUUUAUAGAGUUUUACAAUUUGGUUUUUAUGGAAUUCAACAAAACAGAUGAUGGUUCACUUGAACCCUUAAAGCAGAAGAAUAUAGAUACUGGGCUUGGCCUGGAGCGUAUGGCUCGAAUCCUUCAGAAGGUUCCUAACAACUAUGAAACUGACCUGAUUUAUCCAAUUAUAGAGAAGACCGCAGAAUUGGCAAAUGUAUCAUAUAGCCUAGCGGAUGAUCAUACAAAAUUGAAUCUCAAAAUUAUAGGAGAUCAUUUGCGUGCAAUUGUGUAUCUCAUAUCAGAUGGUGUUGUUCCCUCAAAUAUUGGGAGAGGUUAUGUCGUUAGACGGCUAAUUAGAAGGGCUGUUCGUACUGGUAGGAUGCUUGGUAUAAAGGGGGAUGGUCAGGGAAACCUUGAAGGAGCAUUUUUACCUGUCGUUGCAGCAAAAGUAAUAGAGUUGAGCACCCAUAUUAAUCCGGAUGUAAGGCGUACAGCAGCCCGUAUUUUUGAAGAGUUAAAAAGGGAGGAACUAAAAUUUGUACAGACAUUGGAGAGAGGAGAAAAAUUUCUUGACCAAAUGUUAGUUGAGGCAUUAUCAACUGCCAAAGAAAGUGGAACUAUACCAUACUUGUCUGGCAAAGAUGCAUUUCUUUUGUAUGAUACAUAUGGGUUUCCUGUCGAAAUAACAACAGAAGUGGCUGUAGAACGUGGUGUAAGUAUAGAUAUGCCUGGUUUUGAUGUUGAAAUGGAAAACCAAAAGCGUCAAUCCCAGGCUGCACAUAGUGCUGUUAAACUUGCCAUGGGAAAUAGUGCAGACCUUACAAAGAAUGUUCCAGACACUGAAUUUCUUGGGUAUGAAACCCUUUCUGCAAGAGCAAUAGUGGAAAGUCUUAUAGUGGAUGGAAAUCCGGUCAUACAGGUUUCGGAAGGAAAUGAUGUAGAAGUAUUGCUGAACAGAACUCCAUUUUAUGCAGAAUCAGGUGGUCAGAUUGGAGAUCAUGGCUUUUUAUAUAUCCCAGGUGAAGACCAACAUAAGGUUGUUAUGGAAAUAAUAGAUGUACAAAAGUCAUUGGGUAACAUAUUUGUUCACAAGGGCACAAUCAGAGAGGGAGUUCUAGAGGUUGGCAGAGAAGUUGAAGCAGCAGUGGAUGCAAGACUCAGGCAGCGAGCUAAGGUGCAUCAUACUGCCACUCAUUUGCUGCAAUCUGCACUUAAGAAAGUUAUAGGUCAGGAAACUUCUCAAGCUGGUUCACUGGUGGCUUUUGACCGUCUAAGAUUUGAUUUCAACUUCCACCGACCAAUCACUGACAGUGAGCUUGAAGAAAUUGAAAAAUUGGUUAAUAGAUGGAUUGGGGAGGCAACAUCGCUUCAAACUAAAGUGAUGCCUCUGGCUGAUGCAAAAGGGGCAGGGGCUAUAGCAAUGUUUGGCGAAAAAUAUGGCGAAGAGGUACGUGUUGUAGAGGUUCCAGGUGUAUCAAUGGAACUCUGUGGUGGGACUCAUGUGAGCAAUACUUCUGAGAUACGUGGUUUCAAAAUAAUGUCAGAGCAGGGUAUUGCAUCUGGAGUCAGGCGAAUAGAAGCUGUGGCUGGUGAAGCGUUUAUUGAAUAUGUCAAUUCCAGAGAUUAUUAUAUGAAACAGCUGUGUUCUACCCUCAAAGUGAAAGCUGAAGAAGUAACAAACAGAGUAGACAAUCUCUUAGAGGAGUUACGAAUGACAAGGAAUGAAGUUUCUAGUUUGCGUGAAAAGGCUGCUGUUUACAAAGCAUCACACUUGGCAGCCAAGGCAGUUUCUGUGGGAACAUCAAACAAUAUCAGAGUACUAGUUGAAUCUAUGGAUGAUACUGAUGCUGAUUCACUAAAAAAAGCAGCCGAAUAUCUGAUAGAUACGCUACAAGAUCCGGCAGCUGUAAUUCUGGGCUCUUGUCCAGGUGAUGAGAAGGUAAGUUUGGUUGCGGCAUUCACUCCAGGGGUUGUGAAGUUGGGAAUACAGGCAGGGAAGUUUAUAGGGCCUAUAGCUAAGCUGUGUGGUGGGGGAGGGGGCGGAAGACCCAAUUUUGCUCAGGCUGGUGGGAGGAAGCCUGAGAAUCUGUCAGAUGCACUUGAAAAAGCUCGAUCUGAAAUCUUCUUACUUCUCUCUGAAAAGGCAAGCUGAGUCUCUCAAUCCAGCCGUGCAUAUAUAAAGGGUUUUUCAUGUUGAUUUGCAAGAUCACAUAGGCUCCGAAGGAGUACUGUCUGUACAAACUGUUAGGGGUAUGGAAACCCGUUGUCUUGAGGUAAAUAUUGUAGCUUGUAAAUAUUUACUGAGUAGGGCAUAUGGGGUAUGAAUAUGUGUUCUACAAUAUUCAACUUUUCCUUUUUAGAUACGGAUUCUCAGUUGUACAAAUACAGCUCUAUGGGUUUCUUGGGACUCAAGUAAUGUUUCUUGUUUUACAAGCAGGGUCGAGUUCAAUUUA